UCUGUUCUAAAUUAAAAACCUCUCUAAAAUUGCAGGUAUCAACAAUGGCGUCGAGUUUGUUGAGAACCCUAACGAGAUCGUCCAAUUUGAGACAGAGCACCAGAAAUUUCAGCCUUGUUACCAGUCAAAUCAGCAACCACACAGCCAAAUGGAUGCAGGAUACUACCAAGAAAUCUCCAAUGGAGUUGAUCAAUGAAAUUCCCCCCAUCAAGGUUGAAGGCAGGAUUGUUGCAUGCGAGGGAGACACUAACCCUGCACUUGGGCAUCCAAUUGAGUUCAUAUGCCUUGACUUAAAGGAGCCAGCCGUUUGUAAGUAUUGUGGUCUACGCUACGUCCAAGAUCAUCAUCACUAGGAAUUUCGGUAUCUUACUUGUACUGUUAAUCAUUCGCACAUGAUGCUUGUUAUCAGGCAGUCGAUGCGCAUUUACAUUUUCUUGUUUCAAUCGUUUUGCGCUUUCAAUUGAUAAAUCCUUGUACUGAAGAUAUUAUAAUGUGUUCAGUAUCAACAGAAUAAAGUGUUUGACAUGAUCAAUAUCCUGCUUUAUUAGUAUUCAAUGUUCUUA